GCAAUCUGAUGGAAGCAUACAGAUCGAUCAAUCUUUUUCACGGCCCACAAGGCAAUUGGAAAUAGAGGUGACCUCCCUUGAUCUCUUUAUCGGUAUCAAUUACUCCUGUCCGUCACCGUCACAACAAAAGCGUGACUCGAGUUGUCUACAGUCCAUAGUUCUCGCUGGUCUUUUUUUGGUCUGCCGAGACUCAAGUCUUGCUCUCUGUGUCACCACUUCUACUCGUUAUGUCACGGUAGCACUCGAAAGCUCUGUAUCCCUGGAUAUCCGACCUCUUAAAGCAACGUGCACCAAGAGAGGAUGGCGUCUAACGAUGCCUCGGACAAGGCUGCGGCCAUUGCGAUCAAGAAUAAAGGCAACACCGCAUUCGCAGCACACGACUGGCCCACGGCGGUUGACUAUUAUACCAAAGCAAUAGAGAAAUAUGAUGCAGAACCAUCGUUUUACUGCAACAGAGCACAGGCAAAUCUCAAACUAGAAGCGUAUGGAUAUGCAAUUGUUGACGCCACCAAAGCUAUUGAGCUCGAUCCCAACUAUGUUAAGGCUUACUAUCGGAGAGCACUUGCCAAUACGGCUAUUCUUAACUCGCAAGAUGCCCUCCGAGAUUUCAAGACGGUCGUUCGAAAAGAGCCCAACAACCGAGAAGCCAAGUUGAGACUGUCGGAAUGCGAAAAGCUGGUUAAGAAGAUACAAUUCCUCAAGGCCAUUGAAGUCAGCGACCCUCCUUCGGCGUUUGAAGGUCUCGAUCUCGACUCGAUUGAGGUGGAUGCUUCAUACGACGGGGUACGGUUGAAAGACGAGAUGACACAGGAAUUUAUCGACGACAUGAUUGUGCGGUUUAAAGAUGGAAAAAAGAUCCACAAGAAGUACGUGUUCCAGAUCAUCAAGGCGGUGCGAGACAUUGUGUACGCCGAGCCGACGAUGGUGGAGACAGAGGUUCCGGAAAAGACAACGUUGACUGUGUGCGGUGACACACACGGACAGUACUUUGAUUUGCUGGAGAUUUUCAGACUCAACGGGUACCCGACAGAAGAGCAUGCAUAUCUGUUCAACGGUGACUUUGUAGACCGAGGAUCUUGGUCGACGGAGAUUGCGCUAUUGCUGUAUGCAUACAAAUGGCUCCGGCCUAAGCAGUUCUUCCUGAACCGCGGCAACCACGAGACAGACGACAUGAACCGAGUAUAUGGGUUUGAAGGCGAGUGCAAGGCCAAGUACAACGAGAAGACGUUCAGAUUGUUCUCAGAGUCGUUUUCGGCGCUUCCGCUGGCGACUUUGAUCGGCAAGAAAUAUCUUGUCCUCCAUGGAGGGCUGUUCUCGGACGACAAAACGACGCUGGAUGAUAUUCGCAAGCUGGAUCGCCACGUGCAGCGACAGCCGGGUCAGCAAGGAUUAAUGAUGGAGAUGCUAUGGACCGAUCCUCAAACGGAGCCUGGUCGAGGACCUAGUAAGAGAGGUGUGGGACUUCAGUUUGGACCAGACGUUACAAAACGAUUCUGCGAAAACAACGGACUGGAAGCGGUGAUUCGAAGUCACGAGGUGCGCAUGGAAGGUUAUGAGGUUGAGCACGACGGAAGAUGCAUCACAGUGUUUUCGGCUCCCAAGUACUGUGACUCGACGGAAAACAAAGGAGCGUACAUCAACGUUGGACCCGAGUUGAAGUUGGAAUACCACAAGUUUGACGCGGUGCCGCAUCCUGACAUCAAACCUAUGGCUUAUGCUCAAAAUUCCCUCAUGUCGAUGAUCUAGAGAAGAGAAGUGACCAGUUGUCGUUCGCAGUCUGGAAAUAGGAUGCAGAGUAUGAGAAUGAAGUGGUCAUUCAUACUUAGCCUUAUCCUGGAUCAAGAUUGUUUUGGUCGUUCUUGGGUACACCUCACCAUGUCAGUGUCUACGUUUCUGUAGGGUUGGCAUCAGGUUGGAGAUGGGGAUUGUGUACUUGUACCAAAGAGUCAUUGGGAUACAUGCAAGGAAGAGUGAAAAAGGAGGUUUGAUCACUCUAUGAUUAGCAAUCACGUGAGCAUUGCACUGCGGACUUGGAAGAGUAGGUGAAUAGAGACUGUGCUUUGAGCAUGACAUGAAGGCGUGCAUGUUAUCAUCUACAGUCACGUCACCUACUCUCGUAUGCAUACCUAGGUACAUGGGUCAACAUCCAUGGAUAUUAUCUAAGCACCUAAGGUACCUACAUGGUAUGGUUAGGCUAUCAGAUAGAGGUGGAAGUGCCCGCAACUCUGCCACAGCCUGGUGCCGGAGUCUCAAUCCCUCUGACAGCUAAGCCCCAAUGGAACCCCUCCACCCAGUGGGCCUCUGUGUGUUUCAGGCUCUCUUGUCCCUCUCCAGAUCGCGUGGGUGGCAGGUCGUUGCCUUGUCGUUGCCUGUUUUUGCCUGUUUAUUUCUGGUCCCAUACAUGAUUCGCCC